GAUAUUCGCGACAUACCCACUGGCUGGUCACACUGGGGCAUAUAGUUUUUGGCUUUACAUGUAUUUGUGCGUUAGUAAUAGUUUAUCCAGAAUACAAUUGUAAAUUAAGGACCGACUUGGACGACCCUCAGCCGAGACAGAAGCCGCAGCCCACAGAGCCCAGUCGAGAUGAAAGCUUGAGCCGACAGCGCGGUCAAAGGCAGCAAACUCCACUCACAAAAUUCAGCAAUCAGCCUGGCCUGCCUGUUCGUGUGUGGGUGUGCAUGAGAGAGAGAGAGAGAUAGAGAGAGCGAGCGGUGUAGGUGUAGGGGAGUGUGUGCAUGUGUGUGUUCGUGCCAGAAAAUUGCAAGGGAGGAGGCGGACUUGGCCAAUUUGCAGUCCGUGAAGCCAGAGCCCCUAGACCCGAGAACCGUGAACCGGAACCCCGGAGUAUAGAAUCGCUCGCAAAGCCCAUCAUCAUUCCGCCUAGCGCCACCCCAGCUGUUCAAAGAAGAAGAAGCAUCAGCAGCAGCAGCAGCAGCCGCAUCUGAAAAUGCAACUCGCCCACACACCUAACAGUUGCUGAUAAAAGUCAACGCACAGAACAAAAAACAAAAAACCCACCAGCAGCAGAGCCAAAAAAUACAAAAUAUUUUAAUCAAAGGAAAUUAAAUAACAAGAGCCAGAGACAGAGACAGACACAGAGCCAUAGCCAGAGCCGGGGCGGCAACAACAACACUUACAUAAAUUGACACAGCCCCCAACAACAAUAGCUUAUCACGCAGCAGCAGCAGCAGCAGCAUCACCAAGAACGACAGUUUAUCUCAAAAAUAUUCAUACGAGAAGGGAAAUAAGAGAAUUACGAAGAAAAAACGCAGCCGGCGUGCGUGUGUGCUGCGGGUGUGUGCGUGUGUGUCUCAGCACCAAAAGCAACAACAAACAGCAAAAAAUUUCAUAAUUUCUGCUGCCUUUUUUUGCGAAAAAUAUAUAUUUUUUUUUUGAAUUUGUUCGCAUUGUUGCAAGCUCCGAACUGUAAACACCAAACAGCAACAACAACAAGAGUAUGGCAAAAAUGGCACGCGGCUUCGAUCAUCUGUUCAAGCUGCUUAUAAUUGGCGACAGCGGCGUUGGUAAGUCAUCGCUGCUCAUCCGCUUCUCGGACGACACGUUCUCGGGCAGUUAUAUCACCACGAUCGGAGUGGACUUCAAGAUCCGCACCGUGGACAUCGGGGGACUGCGGGUGAAGCUGCAGAUCUGGGACACAGCCGGCCAGGAGCGGUUCCGGACGAUCACCAGCACAUACUACCGGGGCACGCACGGCGUCAUCGUCGUCUACGAUGUGACGAACGGGGAGUCCUUUGCGAACGUCCGCCGCUGGCUGGAGGAGAUCCAAAACAACUGUGACGUGGUGAACAAAGUAUUAGUUGGCAACAAGAACGAUGAUCCGGACAGGAAGGUGGUGAUCACCGAGGACGCGCAGCGCUUCGCGAAACAAAUGGACAUCGAGCUGUUCGAAACAUCCGCCAAAGACAACAUCAACGUGGACGAAAUGUUCCUGUCGAUAACGAGGCAGGUGCUCCAGCACAAGCUGCGCACCACCUCCAACGAGCAGCAGAAGGACACCAUCCACCUGAAGAACACCCCGGGCACCAAGCGUCGGAAAUGCUGCAGUUGAAAGCGGCUCCGGCAUGGUAAAUGGCACAGCAACUGGAACUGGAACUGGAGUCGGAGGAGGAGUUGGAGUUGGAGGCGGAGUAGGAGUAGGAGUUGGAUGGAGGAUGAGAUUGAGGAGAUGGCGUUGCGUCUGCAGAGGAUGGCUCCUGUGAGUGGACGGAGAAGACGCGGGAGGAGCAGGAGCUGGAUCGAGGCCAGAGCCGUGGGAAACGCUGCGGGGGGCGCGUAGUUUGUAGGAACUUGUGGGUUAUUCGGCGUAUGGAUACUACGGCACACACACACUCACACAACACUAUAUAUAUAUAUAUGUACGGCGUACACCCACACCGUUAGAUAUAGCUUACACCAACACCACACCACACACAACACACACCACACACAACACACACACCUCACAUAGAGACAACAAAUUUUUGUUUUGUUUUUUUUCCCCUUCCCCGAUCCUCCUGUGUUUUAUUCGGAAUAAUGCCAGAAUAGCCGUAAACAAAAGUGUAAAAGUGUAAAGCGCAAUUAAAUGUAUUUAGCAAUUUAUAUACAUAUUAAUAUAUACAUAAACGAAAUGGAAACAGAUCGCAUAUUUAUAAAGCCAGAAUAUAUUUAUAUUUCUAACGAGA